AUGAAUGAGGCGGACCGAGGCGGGGAUGAUGAUGGUUGUAAAAAAUAAAAUUAAUGUUAUUAUUUUAUCUAAAUAUCACUUUAUCCCAAAAUUAAUUUUAAAUCAUCAUUUCCAUCCCAUUCUCACCUUCAUUCUCAAUUUCAUCCCUAUUUCCGAGACAUCAAAAUUCAAGCCUGCCUAGGCGCCCACAUUUCUGUGUGAAGAAGCAGCCAAGGAACGCAUAGAGGGAGCGCUGUAUCUCAUUUGACGACAUGGCGCCGCAUGACAUCCGCCGUCCCUUCAAAAGGCCGGUCAUCUCCGAUCAACAGAGACGCAGGGAACUCUCGCUUCUCCGGCAGGCACAAAAUCGCCGCGAUGCUCAGCACCAAGCUCGCUGUUUGGCUUCCACUGCUUUCUCUCUUGCUUCCCAAACCCUUGAAGCACCUAUUUCAGAAUCUGAACUCGAGGUUGAAGCUGUACCCGAAUCCCACCCGGGUCAUGAGCCCGAGAGUGAACAGGAGCCUUCGCCCAAGGACUUCGAUGUUGUUCGGGCCUCCAAGCUCAAAGGCGCAGAGGCGAGGAAAUGGUUUGCGAAACAGCUUAUGCACCCUGAAUGGAUGAUCGAUAUUCCUGAUGGACUUAGUCAAGACUGGUAUGUAUUUGCUAGGCCAUCAGGUAAACGGUGCUUUGUAGUUUCCUGUAACGGAACAACUAUCAGUAGGCUAAGGAAUGGAUCUAUACUGCAUCGUUUCCCGUCUGCUCUUCCAAACGGGGCAAGGAAAAAGGAUGUCUCCGGUUCUGCUCAAUCUUAUUCUAUAUUGGACUGCAUCUUUCAUGAGCUCGAUCAAACUUACUAUGUAAUUGACAUGGUCUGCUGGCGGGGCUACUCUCUUUAUGACUGCACGGCGGAAUUCAGGUUUUUUUGGUUGAAUUCCAAGCUUGCAGAGAGUGGUGCUUGCAACGCGCCUUCACAUUAUCACAAGUACAAGUUCAGUCUGGUUCCAGUAUAUAAUUGCGACCACAAUGGUCUAUAUGCAGCCUAUACAGAAGCAGCACCAUAUGUGAAAGACGGCCUUCUCUUUUAUAACAAGCACGCGCAUUACCAGACAGGAAUUACACCAUUAGCUUGUUGGAAGGAUGAAAACUGUAGUCAAUAUGUUAUUGACACAAAUAAUGAAGGCCAUGUUCCAAGCCAACAACAGGUGGUUUUCGAGCUACAAGAGGAUGGGAGACUGACUACAUCAGAUGAUCCUCCAACGGUAUUUGGCUGCUUGGAUGGAAGCUUUAUAGAACAGUCAGGACUAAAAUCAGGAUGUCUGGUACGAUUUGCAAUUGGAGAGGGAGGAUUGGUUUUUGUUGAUGGGAAGCUUGAGAAAGCUGAUCUACAUUAUCUUGGCAAGGCCAAUCGAGCUCGAGCUUCUGCUGAUAGUUUCUCCAAGGUUAUGUUCCAGUACAGUGUUCGGCAUUCUCCCCUAAGAAUCGAUGAUCUGCUGGCAUCUGUCAGCGCAGCAGUUGAUCAAGGAGCCAAACCAUGUGAUAUUGAGAUGGAUGGCUGAUACUUGGUAGUGAUCAGUGAGAAUUGACAACACAAUAGAUACGUGAAAUUCAUUGUGCUGCUUAUGUGAUCAGGGCUUCCAUAGUGGAGGAUCCUACAAAUUUGCAAGCUGCCACUCAUGUUCAGAUACGAAGAAGCGAUAGCUCAUAGUCAUAUUUUGAGAGUUGCAGAUAUAAUUAUUAACCCAGGCGGUGAGCAAUUUCAUGUCAGCAAGAUGGUGAUCCACCAGCCCGGGGGUUCUUUGUUGCUGGUAUAUAUUGUCUUUGGUUGAGAUUGUGGUGCUGCGGGCCUUCUAGCAAUUAUCGUAUCCCAGAUGCUCGAAAUUUAUUAUGAUCGUAAAUUGUAAAUUUUUUUUUAUUAUAUCCUAUGUCAGUUUCUGGCUUACUCUAGCUUGCAUGAGGAUAGUAAUUCGUUUCGGCGAUCAGUCUAUUACUGUUGAUCAACUCUGGACUUAAAAUUGGAGAUGUAAUUUAAUCUGCUGAAAUGGUAUUUCCAGAGGACCUGAACUAAGUUUUACUUAUAUGAUGGUAUUGAUCGAGCGAUAAAAAUGUCAUUUA